AUGAUUGAAUAUAAUAAUAAUAAGGAACAUAAAACCGUUCCAGAAGAUUCAGAAGAAGCAAAAAAAUAUUUAUCAGGACAAGAAAAAACUAAAAAUGAUUCAAUAAAAACAAAUAAUGAUGACAAUAAAGGACAAUCAAAAACCGAGAAUAAUUUUGCUACUAUUUCCUCUGAUAUUAAGGAUAAUUUAGUCUCAUCAUCAUCAGCAACACCAAUAUCUAAUAAAAAAUCUUCAAAUCCUAUACAAAAACAAAAACCAAAAUCACAACUUAAUUCAAUAUUGAAAUCAAGAGAUAAGUUUGGUAGACCUAAAUCCAAAUUAAUUAACUCACUUAACAAAAAACCUACAAAAUUAAAUACUUUGGAAAAAUCUAAAAUGGAUUGGAAUAAAUUUACUAAUAACGAAGGAAUUGUAGAUGAAUUAAAAUAUCAUAAUAAAAAUGGUUAUGUUGAAAAACAAGAAUUUUUGCAACGUGCAUAUGAUAAACAAGUAGAAGAUAUAAAAUCUUUAAGGCAGGCAACAAGAAAACAAUGA